CAGUAGAGCCACGCGUUUACUCCCAGGGGCUAGAGUUUCUCCGUAAUAAUAAUUCUAUUCUCCCCUUCGUGAACCCCCAUAUAUCCGUCAAAAGCCGGAAUUAGUGUCGCACACACGUAAACGUCUGAGGGGUUUAUUUAAAGAACAUGGAGGGAGGUGGUGUAUUAACGGCUGAGCGGAGUCCUGCACGGGCUAAUUUGCACGUGGCGUUCACGGAAAAAGGCGAAGUCAAAGAGAGACGUGAGAAAUUUCUCACGGCCAAGUAUGGCUCACAUCAAAUGUCGUUAAUUAGGAAGAGAUUGGCGGUGGAAAUGUGGCUCUUUGAUGAGCUUCAGAAGCUGUAUGAAUCAGUUACUGCCGACAAUGGGAAAAGUCGAGAGGUGGAGGUCGACAUUGAUGAACUGCUGGACAUGGACAGCGAUGAUCACAGACGAGCCCAUCUCCAAGAAUUAUUGGUGGAUGCAAAAAAACCACACGAUGUGAAGAAAUUCAUCAACGAUUUAUUAGAAAAAGCGAAAACACUCUGAAGAGCAAGUACCUGCCAUUGGCUCCGAGUACUAAUACAACCAGCAUCUCGUUACUUGCUCACUCCUCCGAGUGCACCAAUGGGCUAAUGAAACGAAUCCUACCAAACGAAGAAGUUAAAGACGAAAAGCUUGAAAAAUUGUAACAAUGAAUUCAAAAAGUCACAGUUUGUUGAUACCACCGAAUCAACAACUGUACUCCAGUCACUGUGACUUUUUAUAACAAUUAUCUUACCAGUUCUCCCUGUGAGGAAACUAGCGACUGACAUACGACGCGAUUUGCUGUAAUUCUGCGAUAAAAUAGUGAAACGUUACAAAUCAAAUUAGACAUGUUUAUUAAGUUCUCAUUUAUUUCAGAAACGAGUUAUUUUAGGAGAACAUGUGAGAAUAACUUUUUCUAGGGGAAAGAAAUUCCAACAAAAUGUCUUCCGACAUUUUCCCCUAAAAUCACUCAGCUGAGUUAAUUUAAUAUUCAGGCACACGGAGGAAAUUGAUUUGUUAUAUUUCACUAUUUCACGUGUGGAUUGAACAUUUUUUAAAACAAAAUAUUAGUUUCGCUUUUAUUUUUUACUCCAAGUGAAAAAGUGCAGCAAUGCAAUUUUUAAUUUACGAUCGAUUGGUCGAUUUUAUUGAUUAUAGUUACACUUAAGUUAAUGUUCGUUCAAGAAUGAGGAUUUUGAUGGAAUUUUGGAAAGUAACACGAUAAAUAGAUUCCCUCCAUUCGUUAAAUUCGAUGAAGGUACAAAAAAGGGUUUGGACAGAGGCAUUUUACAAGCAUAGAAAGUAAUAGAGGACACAAAAAACCAAAUUGUCAAGCAAAUUAAUUCUUAAAUACAAGAAAAUUCAUAGUGACAUGAUGACACGAGGUAAAUCAAUAUUGGGAAGUUUUUUAGAAUUAUCGUGGAAUUGAAUGGGAUAAACUUUUUAUUGGAAUCUUUUUUCGACGGCAUUUACAGCCAGACAAACAUCUGCAUGAAAAUGUUACCAUUUAAAAAUUAAAUUACCCGUUCAGAUUCGAACAUGAUAACAGAUAACUGAAGGAUUUCGAACUUGAAUUGACUCAUCUCGUCUCAUUAUUUCACUAAAUUGUUUCAACACUGAAACACUACAUAGAACGUUCCAGCUUAGUUUGUUGUGAAGAAUUAGUUUAAUGGAUUAACCAAAAAAAAAUGGCACACUAAUUUAGAAAAAUUCACUCAGGCAAUAAAAUAAAUUGUCAAGUGCCAAAUAGAUGUUUACACGUUAAACGAAAUAGUAGUUCCGUCUAGAAGUGUUUUGCAGUUGGAAGAAAAUUAGUUUUCGUGUUUUCUGUCACGAGAUUAAUGUGAUUGUCGAAGCAGUCGCCUUUAGCAGAUCAAAAAGUCAUUCUGUACUGAUUUGGAAAUGUGAUGUGAUGUGAGUCGAGUUGCUCUUGUGUUAUUUAUGAAAAAACGUCAGAAGAAUUCCUUCAGGAAUUUUUUUCAUACAACAAAAGCUUCUCGACAUUUCUCCUUGAACAAAAUUUUUUAUGGAAAAUAUCUUCGAAGGGAGGGGGUUUAAAGGGAAAAGUCAUGAAAGAUCUUAAAAAAAUGAAUCCAGAGUAAUUUGUCGGAUAAUUGGAUAAUUAACAGAGAUAUUACAAUCCACUCAUCACCUUCUACCAUUUCAAUACGGAAAAUCAUCGAUGGAUUUCUGCAUUAUUUUUAUUUAAUCAAAGUAACCAAAUUUUAAUUCUGCUGUGAACGUUUUUUGAUACGAACAUACUGCCUGCUCAAGCAAACGUAAGAAAACCUAAAUGUCCCUUUACCAGAAUGAUGAUUAAAAUUGUGGAAGUAAUUUAGAGUUAACCAUCGACGUCUGUAAGUAGUUUUAAUCGCUUUGUAGAUACAUAUCUCAAUUCAAUUGUCUCACCCGCAUAUCCUCAUUUAGAUUAAUUUAAGGAAUCGUUGAUGUGAUAAAAUUGAUUGGAGAAUGACAAAAAGUCAAGAAUUGAACGAACAAAAUUCUGGAUGCAAGUAGUCAAACUUAUGAAUGGAAUUAUCUCGACAGACAUUCAGUAAAUUGCAAAAUGUCAGAAGACCUUAUUUAUAGCUGAGAGAAUUCUCAAUGAAAAAUGUCUUACCACAUUUUCCCUUAGAACAGCUUGUUUUCGAGAUAAUUUGGCGAUUCUGUUUUGCCACUUUAACGGAAAAAAAACGUGGAAUCAACGUAUGAAGUAGAUGGACUUUAAGAACAAAAAAUUAGUCAAAUAUUAAUCAACUAAAUGAAGCAAAAACUAAAAUUAAACGAUGAAUAUGCUCGAUUUUUUAUGAUAUUGAACGAAAAAAUUCAGAUUUUAACGAACAAAAAAUACAAAAUAAACUGCCAAAGAUUUAUUUCAUUGCGUAGAGACGAGGGGAGAAAAUUCGAGAUCGAACUUUGAUCGUGGUAAUCACUCAGGGGCUCUAGACUCACAGCUCGAACAGCAAAUAGAAGAAAAUAUUAAAUAAAAUUGGCAGUAAUGAGUUGUGAUAAUCAGUACGAAAAUACCUAACGACGAUUCGAGUGAUGAGUGAAAUGAAUAAUUAAGAUUUGAUACGAAAUGAACCUAGAAUCAAACAAACAAUGGUCUCGAUUGUCAUUUUAAUGUUAACUAAGAGAUAAUGAGGAAAUGCUUGGUCAGCUUGAAUCAACGAAACGAUCUCUAACAAAUUUUAUUCAAUUUUUGUUCUCGACCUUCUCGGAGUGCAGAAAUAACUUAAUACUCGAAUUGAUUCAUAUCAUUGGUUUCAAAAUGCCAAGAUUUUUUUUAAAUCAUUAACAUUAGAGAGAAUGGAGUGAGAAAUUUUACGAAGUAAGUUUGAAGGAGACGAAACAGGCAUUAUCAGUCUAAGUUAUCUGUAAUUUCUCAUUAUCAAAUUUUUUAGUUUAUUUGUUGUGUGUAUUUUUAAUAACUUAUUAUUAAUUACUUUUAAUCAGUUGAUUAUGUUCUCGUACUUCCAAGAAAUAAGGGGUGGAGUGGUAACGAACAGGGGAUUCACACUGUACAAAUUUAGCAAAGUUUUUCAUGAUGAGAUGUCGACUGCAAAAAAGUCUGUCGAUAUUUCUCUCCAGAUAACAGUUCUAAAGAUAUUGGCAAAAUCAUUUGUGUAAACUUCAGAAAAUUUUUUCUUCCUCAUUCGACAAAUACCUUCAAAAAGUAGAAGUUUAUUCAUUUGAAAGUCGCAUUUUGCAAGAAAUUGAAUGAAAAAUAUCUUUUGAUAAAUUUUCGUAAGUUUCUUGAGUCAACUUGGUUCAUAACUUUGUUUUCGAAAAAUGUCUCCGAAUCUAAGGGCGAUAGCGAAAUUUUCAUAAUAACCUUUUUUGUAGCUCUUAAUUUGCUCUACAAAAAAGGUCAUAAUAAAAAUUUUGCUGUCCGCCUUAGAUUCCGAGAUAUUUAUUGAAAACUGAUCAACAAUCAAGAUCGACUUAAGCCUUUUUACCGCUUCACUACUGAAGUAACAAAGAGAUUUGCACAUUAGUCUGCAAACAUUUUUGGAGAGAAAGAGGUGGAAAAAAUUCUGGUACAAGAAGAGCUCUCGACGUUUUGAUUAUCAAAUUCUCUUCAUAUUGGUGGAUUUAAAAAAUUCCAAAGAUAUUUGCGACCAUCUGCUGUUCCUUACCGCUCCGCUCCUAGCAAUGUGAACAACGCAUUUUUUAAGUUCAGAAAUGUUAGAAAAUAUUGUGAUGCUUGAAAUGAAUUCUCGCUGAUUAGAACUAUAAAUGUAGCUGCUUCCAAGUGAAAACGAACAAAAAAAAUGGAUUGAGAUAGGUAAAGAAAAUUGAAAAUUUUUUGAGUGUUGACGAGCUUAAUUGUGAGGUGCAUUUUGAGUAAAAAUGAAUAGACAACAUUUUGUUAUUAUAGAGAAGAACAUUGAUGGAAAGAGUUUUUUGUCACAACUGAACAAUGAAGAAUCAAUUUUUCCAUGAAAAAGAUGAGUAAGUGAAUAUGGAUAUUUGAUAGUACUCAGCAGUGCUUUUGAAUGAGGAUCAAUACCUGAGGUUUAAGAUUUUCGGGCAAUUUUUGUAGACUGUAGGGUUUUAUAAACAAUCAUCCCCCUUUUUCAAUGUCAUACCCAUCAUGAAACAACAUUUUCAUAUAAAGAAAAAAAUGAAAAAUAAAAAAAAUGAAUUGAACAUUUUUUGUCAUAGAAAUAUCGUCGUCCAAGCGCACCAUAUUAAUGCAUUGUAAUAGUGAUUAGAAACGUAAUUGAAUAAAAAAAUCUCCCGAUUGUUGUAUCUUUGCAGUCUUUUGAUGGAUGAAAAAACAAUAGAAUUAUGAACGUGUACGAAUUUAUUGGAAGUAAAUUCAAUUUUUUGCGA